CACUCCUAUCUGGACAGGGAAACAUCCCUGAUUCUGAAAAAUAUAGCUGGAAAACCCUCUCACUUGCUGACCAAGGAAGAACAGGCUGCCAAGACCAAGGCAGAGAAGAUCCGUGUGGCUCUGGAGAAGAUCAAGGAGGCCCAAGUUAAAAAGCUGGUGAUCAGAGUGCACCUGUCAGACGAGAGCUCUAAAACCAUGAUGGUGGACGAGAGACAGACUGUCAGACAGGUUCUGGACAGCUUGUUGGACAAGUCUCACUGUGGCUUCAGCCCCGACUGGUCCCUGGUCGAGACCAUCAACGAACUACAGAUGGAGCGUAUCUUUGAGGACCAUGAGAACCUGGUGGAGAACCUUCAGAACUGGACCAGAGACAGUCAGAACAGACUGAUGUUCAUAGAACGCAUCGAGAAGUACGCCCUCUUCAAGAACCCUCAGAACUAUUUGUUGGGGCGGAAGGAGACGUGUGAGAUGGCAGACAGGAACAAGGAAGCACUACUGGAGGAGUGUUUUUGUGGCAGCGCCGUCUCUGUACCUGAGAUGGAGGGAGUACUCUGGCUGAAGGAGGAUGGGAAGAAGAGCUGGAAGAAGAGAUACUUCCUGCUCAGAGCCUCUGGGAUCUACUAUGUACCUAAAGGAAAAGCCAAGGCCUCCAGAGAACUGGUGUGUUUCCUCCAGCUGGAUCAUGUUAAUGUGUACAACGGACAGGAGUUCCGCAGCAAGUACAAGGCCCCCACAGACUACUGCCUGGCCCUCAAGCAUCCUCAGAUCCAGAAGAAAUCCCAGUACAUCAAGUACCUGUGUUGUGAUGACGUCAGAACCCUACACCAGUGGAUCAAUGGGAUACGCAUCGCCAAGGUAACGUUACGUUACCUCAGCAACAACUUAACGUAAGAGAGUAAUGUCAAGCAGAGCCAUAGUAUGGGUUC